GAAAUCAGAAGAAUAAUAUAUGAAUACACUCUUCUCAGACCUGUUGAGAAGAAAAAGAAAUCUGCAUCUAAGACGCCCGUCUUUCUCAGAGCCCUAAAGAUAUACGGUUCACAGCAUUUAUGUAUUGAAGCGAAGACAACUUUUUAUUCAAUCAACAUGUUCACGUAUAACAUUGUGAAAACUCUCAAGUUUGCGGAUCCAGAAGUAUGUGUGAUGUUUCGCAAAUUACUUCUGAUCAUACCCUGCAACUUCUCUCCACUAUCAAAGAUCCCGAACCAGAUGUCUCUUCUUUAUUCUUCUCUCCGUCAUUUAACACUUCGCAAGAUGUUCUCCUACGAACAUGGUGGAUUCGAAAUGUUUCUCACACACUCAUUGCGGAAAUUCGAAAGAUUGAUCAGUGUGAAAGUCGAAUGUGAGUAUGGGGAAUUCUUCUCUUCAUCCUUUGUUCAGAAUCAGGAUCGAUGGAUAUCACUUCUGAACAAAAUGAUUACUGGGGAGAAUGGGGAAUUGGUGCAAGGUACACGGAUAGGAGGAGAGGAAGCUAGUGGUACGCUACCUAGUGCUCCUACGUGGGUCUGGAAGGUUGGAAAUGGUGACUCAAGAGAAGCGAAGAUGUUGAUUGGUAUGAGGAGAGAUAUUAAUUUGGUUAUUAAGCAUAAAGUUUAUCAUGUUAGAUUCUAGGGCGAUGCUUUAUGUAUUUAUCGAAUUAUUUCAAAUGACAUUCUGAACUAGUCAGAUGUGGUUUACCAUAUAUAUAUAUAUGUGUGUGUGUGUGUCAAUAUCUUAAAUCUUCCCAAUGGGCAGAACGAUAUUCAAUAAAUAAAUUUCUCA